AUGGCUCUAGGAAGAGGAAGGAAGCCCUCAGGGACUCGGAACUUCAUAGAUCAGGAGAGUGGUCAGGAGAGUGAUGACUGUGAAGAUGAGAAGGUUAUUAGCAAGGUUGCUAAUGCUGCACAUACAAAGAAUCCAACAAGGUCUGGGAACACCUCUGUUAGAGGAACAAAAGCAUCUAAGAGAGUGGUGGCACCUCAGGAACAAGAUGUGCCUAACAGAGUCACUAGGCAGAAAACAAGGGAUGUAGCCUUGGUUUCAAGUCCAGACCCACAACAAAGACAAGAGAAAUACAAAGAUGUACAACCUACUGCUAUUGAUCUUUUCAAGGACUUCCACUGCAGCAAGAACAAAGGAUUCAGUGAGCCUAUCAAGAAAGCUAUUGCUGAUAUGGAAGCGAUCAUGGCUGAACCAGUACAAGAUGAAGAGCAACCAAAGUCAGUGAACCAUGAUGUUUCUCAAGUUGUGAAAUCAACCACAUUUCUUCAAGUUGCAGGAAUUCAACCAAACUCCAACAAUAGCUCUAAAGGUUGCACUUCCUCAAAGUGGAUAUGA